UCAGGGGCUGAGUGGAUCUGAGCAGGAGGCCCUGAACUCUUCCAGACCGGAGUGGUCAGCCGGAGCAGGAGGAGCUGACCCAUUGGCGAGAUGGAAGUGGGCCCUGGGACUUGAGAGGCAGAGAACCCAAGAGGCUCUCCUCCCGGCUUGCUUAACUCUCUGGCAGUGUGUCAUCUAUUCCUCUUAUUCCUUCCCUGUCCAAAUUGUCUGCAUUGAGCACCUCUGUAAACCUGUUCAGGCACCAGUGAGGUUGGAGUGGGCUGUCCAGGGUCCUGAUUCUACCCUCCUAGGUUCGGGGAACUGGGGGGCCACAAAAGAAACUGUCCUCUAAAGCAGCGCCACUUGAGAACUCACAGCCGUGAUCUUUUGCUUGCCACAGCCACAAACCACCAUCAGAGACAAUCCUCAUAGCCUAACCAAAACGUGUGUUGGUUUUCAAACCACUUUUACUUCUGUCCUUGUUUGACACUCCUUGUAUCUGUGUGAAGCAGACGGGGCAGGCUCACGAUCUGUACAGUCCCGAUGAGGACACUGAGGAUGCCAGGGAGGGAGGGAAGUGCUCAGCAUUGCAGGGUAGAUCAACAGCCGAGCCAGGAUUUGAACCUAGGUUUCCUAUCCCUAUGUUCUGGGUGCCUGCGCUUGACCUUGGUUGUGUGGGGGAAGCAGUGGGACGAGGGCAUGGGACUUGGGGUCUGAGAGCCCUGGUUUCAGAUCCAAGCUCUGUUCUCAUUGCCUGUUCAUCUUGAGCAAGAUUUUUUUAAUUAAAAAAAAACAAAACCAACAUUCUGAGCCUCAGUUUCCUCAAUAUUGGCCCCCUCCCAGGGUUGUGGUGAGGUGCACAUGAAGUAAUGAGGAGCUUGGCACAUGAGAGAUGUUCCAUGAAUUUUACUUCCUUUGCUGCCUUCUCACCAUCCCAGCGGCCCAGGCAGAGGUGAGCAGCUAGGAGAGGUGGGGGUAAUGGACAGAGGUGACAAAUGGGCAGACCAGGCUCCUCAGGGGAAGGCACAGAGAGAGGGCAGGUACCAAGUGUCAUUCGUGAGGCCACUCCCAAUUUAUGGGAUGUGGUGCAAAGACUUUGAAGAGGCAAUAAAAUUCAUAUUUGGCUAGGAAAUGACAACAGCUGAGAGUCCUGAGUUAGCAAACUAAAUUCCACAUUUUUUUUUUAAUAAGGCAAGGGAUUCUGGAUAGGUAACAAAAAUCACAUUCUAAUGACAUUAGCAUCCCGGAUUAGGAAUAGGCUUUCCCAAGAGUAACAUGCCAACACCCCACGGAGAGUGUAUAUAAACGCCCCAGAGAGGCCAUGAGAAUCCAGAACCUGAGCUCUCGGCUAAGCUGUCAACUUCCUCUGCUAGCAUCAUGGCCACCCAGCUCUGCUCCCCGAUCUUCUCCUCUGGGUCUGUCAGGGGUCUCUGUGGCACAGCAGGCGGCAUCUCUCGGGUGUCCUCUGUCCGCUCUGUGGGCUCCUGCAGGGUCCCCGGUCUGGCUGGUGUCUCGGGGUCAGCCUCUUCCAUCAGGCUGGGCCUCUCUGGCUUUGGGAGCUGCUUGCCGGGUUCCUAUCUGUCCUCUGGGUACCACUCCUCUGGCUUUGCUGGGAGCGGGGGCUGGUUCUGCGAGGGCUCCUUCAAUGGCAAUGAGAAGGAGACCAUGCAGUUCCUGAACGACCGCCUGGCCAACUACCUGGAGAAGGUGCGGCAGCUGGAGCGGGACAACGCGGAGCUGGAGAGCCGCAUCCGGGAGUGGUACGAGGCUCAGAUCCCGUACAUCUGCCCGGACUACCAGUCCUACUUCAAGACCAUUGAGGAGCUCCAGCAGAAGAUCCUGCUGACUAAGGCUGAGAACUCCAGGCUGGUCCUGCAAAUUGACAACGCCAAGCUGGCGGCUGAUGACUUCCGAACCAAGUAUGAGACGGAGCUGGGCAUGCGGCAGCUGGUGGAGGCUGACACCAACAGCCUGCGCAGAACCCUGGAUGAACUGACCCUGUGCAAGGCUGACCUGGAGAUGCAGGUGGAGUCCUUGAAGGAGGAGCUGAUGUGCCUCAAGAAGAACCACGAGGAGGAAGUCAACACACUUCGAUGCCAACUUGGGGACCGGUUGAAUGUGGAGGUGGAUGCUGCCCCACCAGUGGAUCUCAACAAGAUCCUGGAUGAGAUGAGAUGCCAGUAUGAGGCCCUGGUGGAGAAUAACCGUAGAGACGUGGAGGCCUGGUUCAACACCCAGACUGAGGAGCUGAACCAGCAGGUGGUGUCCAGCUCGGAGCAGCUGCAGUGCUGCCAGACAGAGCUCAUCGAGCUGAGACGCAAUGUCAACGCCCUGGAGAUCGAGCUGCAGGCCCAGCACAGCAUGCGGAAUUCUCUGGAAUCCACCCUGGCGGAGACAGAGGCCCGCUACAGCUCCCAGCUGGCCCAGAUGCAGUGCCUGAUCACCAACGUGGAGUCCCAGCUGGCCGAGAUCCGCUGUGACCUGGAGCGGCAGAACCAGGAGUACCAAGUGCUGCUGGACGUCAAGGCCCGCCUGGAGUCGGAGAUCGCCACCUACCGCCGCCUGCUGGAGGGAGAAGACUGCAGGCUGCCUGCCCACCCUUGUGCCACGGAGUGCAAGCCUGCCAUUAGAGUUCCUCACAUCUCAAGCGUGCCCUGUGCCCCGACUGUGCCCUGCGCCCCAGCUGCCCAGCUCAGCACCCAGAUCCGCACCAUCACGGAGGAGAUCAGAGAUGGGAAAGUCAUUUCCUCCAGGGAGCGUGUGCAGCCGCUGUAACCAGCCACCCGGCCCAGAGAGGCAGGCCCUGACCCACAGGAAGGAGGACACCCCUGUGGCUCCUGGCUCUUCACAAUCCCCUCUACCCUAGAGGGACCCCCCCCCCAACCCACAGUCCCUGGCUUAGCAGAUUUUUCUACCAAAAUACUUCUUAGAUUGUGUGUUUCUGGACUUAACCGCUUUUACGCCACAUAAAACUGGGUUUCCCUAGAAAUUUACCCAAUAAAGUGUGUUCUCUUGGCAUAGCAAACU